AUGGGACGAAGGCCGGGUAGUACGACGAAGUCUGGUAGAUUUAUGAAUCCAGCUGAUCAAGAACGUAAAAGUAUGCGGCAAAAAGAGCUUAAAAGAAAUCGGAAACAAAGGACCAUGGUUCGGCAUGCAAUACUAAAAAGUAAAGACGUCGAUGAAAUCUUGGAAAACUUAUCGCGUUUGGAUGACCAAGAGUUCGAUAUACAUGUGGAGCAUCAUAGCAAAUAUGUUUUCAACGAGAAGCGUAUCAAAUUUAAACAGACUUAUAACGAAGUAAUGAAUUUAUACAAGCAGGAGAAAAGAGAAGAUAAAGUGAGGGAGUUGGAACAAAAAAUGUUGCAAUACGAAGCAGAAAGAGCUCGAAAAAUACAACAGUAUAAUGCAUUACGAUUUUCGCUAGAAGCCAAUCCUGUGGAAAUUCCAUUGCCAGAUGGUAGUUCAAUACCCAAUGCAGCAAUGACACCUGUAACACCUGUCAUACCGGUUCAGUUUUUAAUGCCUCAAGCACGAACUGGCAUUCUUAAAAAUGCACACAUCACCCGUGAUAUCAGCGACCGGACAGAACCACCAGGACCUCCUUGCGGCUUACCUCCGCUAAUUUGUUAUGAUGACGAUAAUGAUGAAAUGCCUUCCAAAAGACGCGUUCGGUUUGAGGAAGAUGUUUCAAACAGUUUUAUAAGGGAUAAUGUUGAAGCAGCUGAUGAUGAUUUCGGCCCUGUUGAAAUUCCCAUGGAAGUAUUGGAACAUAACCAGUUAACAGAUGUCGAUAAUGCGAGAUCUGUAUCAAUGUUGGCUCCUAUUAUUCCACAACAACCAUUGUUACGUGCACCACCGUUACCUCCCAACAUGUUACCACCUCCUCCUCGUCUUCCUCUCCGCGUUCCUCCUCCUCCACCUCACUUUCGGAUGCCGAUUCCGUUUAUACGUCCACCAGGAACCAGUUCUGUAAUAUCGGCAGAGCCAGUAGUUCGACGAACAGGAGGAGCUCCAAUGAAAGAUAGCGGCGAAGCUACAAUUUCAGCAGAACCAAAAUUGAGAGAUUUGACAAAAGAAGUCACAAAAUUUGUACCAACAGCACUUCGAGUUAAUCGAAGCAAGCAACAACCAAAAAAGACCAUUAACAAAUUCAAUAUGAUGGGAAUACAAAUCGAGUCAGCACAAAGGAAGGAAGCGAAAGAUACAGAUGAGGCUUAUGCUGAUUUUAUGAAUGAAAUUUCUUCUCUUUUGUAA